AUGGAUCAAGGAAACAGCCGCACAUUAUAUGUGCAGGCUCUUAAGGGCAUGCUUCAAGCUCUAGGAGUAAAAGUUGGACAGAGUCAAUUAGAGAGCUUCUUUUGCUUUAUUGAGGAAGUAUGCCCCUGGUUUCCGGAGGAAGGAACCAUUAGUUUAGAAACUUGGCAAAAAAUAGGAAAAAUGAUUCAGGAGCAUUAUGAUGCAAAUGGCCCUGAAAAAACCCCAGUGGAUGCUUUUACACUUUGGAAUUUAGUUCGAGACUCUCUGGACCCCAGACAUGAACAAAUAAAAUUUAAUCAGUUGAUUAGGAAAGUUGGACAGGGUAACGAGUCUCGCCCUGCCCCAGGAGCACAUACUGCUGCCCAAAAGAAAUCAAAUACAUUGAUAAAAGUUGAAUCUAUUGAGUCAGAAAAUGAGAAAAAUUCAGAUGGCUCGGAUGCUGAGGAAAAGUCAGAUGACUCAGAUACUGAGGAAAAAAUAUAUGAUGAGCCUAUUGAGGAUAAAACAGUCCAUUUUGAGGAAAUGUUAAAUUCUUUUAUGAAAAAAUUGUCACAGAUUGAAGCAAUGCAACGACCCCCUUUAAGGGUGAAUGUUUGUGAGCCCACUUUAACAGCUCUAGGGGACUCAGAUUUCUUUCCCCCACCCCCUCUGCCUGUUAUUCCCCAGACGCAGUCUACUCGGCAUAGUGCCUUGCAGCUCUCAUUAGCACAGGCUGAUCAAAGAGGGGAGGAUAUUUCUGGUUUUCAUUUAUUUCCUGUAAUGGAGGACCAAAACCAACAAAGAACUCACCAACCUAUUCAAUUUAAACAAAUAAGAGACUUGAAAAACGCUUGCGCUCAAUAUGGACCUACAGCUCCAUUUACGCAGGUAAUUUUGGAAAUAUUGUCCACUGAUGCUUUAUGCCCUAAUGAUUGGAAACAAUUAGCCAGAGCUUAUCUUAGUGGAGGAGAUUACUUGUUGUGGAAGUCUGAAUUUGUGGAACAGUGUCAGGCCACAGCAGAGGUUAAUAGGGCUAAUAAUAUACCUACUACUUUUGCAGAGCUUGCUGGGGAAGGUGCUUAUAAUGACAUCCAUACCCAGUUAAAUUACCCUGUGGGCGCAUAUGCUCAGAUUAAUGCCGCUGCUAAGCAUGCCUGGAAGAAACUUCCUAACUCUAAUAAGACUGAGGAUCUUUCUAAAAUUAGACAAGGACCAGAUGAAACUUAUCAAGACUUUGUCUCUCGGUUACUAGAGGCAACAAGCCGUCUCAUCCAAGAUGGGGAUGCCGGUAUGGUUCUUGUACAAUUGGCAUAUGAAAAUGCUAAUGCAGCUUGCCAAGCAGCCAUUAGACCACUUAGAAAAAAAGGAGGAAUAACUGAUUAUAUUCGGCUCUGUGCUGACAUUGGCUCAUCCUAUAUGCAGGGCCUCACACUGGCUGCUGCACUUCAGGGACAAACCAUAACUGAAUUCCUCCGCUCUCCCCAGGGAGGCAAAAAUGGAGGAAGAUGUCCCCAAAUUGCUGGACCUCCUGGCAGCUGUUUUUCUUGCGGCCAAAUGGGCCAUCUAACAAUUCAAUGUCCUAAUCAGAAAAAGGGAGCUAAACUAAGGAGAUGCCCCCGAUCUUCAAGCCUACCUGCUGGCAACCAACAGCAAUAA